AACGUGGAGGCUGCAGCGAGAGACAUUGCAGAAACGUCAAUAUUUAUAUUGGAAAGCUGACAACGCUGAGCUGAGAGUGGAAAGUGAGAGACACUGUGCCAUGAAACGCUUCUUCAAACCAGUAGAGAAGGAAGGGUCUUCGAAAAAGCCCUCUCUUUCACAGCCUGAAAAGGAAGAAGACGUUUCAUUAUCAAAUGAAAACAAAGGAGAGCCAUCAAAGUUCAUGACUUGGAAUGCCAAUAGCUUUCUUCUCCGAGUCAAGAACAACUGGCCUGAGUUCACCAAGUUGGUCACCAGUUUUGACCCUGAUGUCAUUGCAAUACAGGAAGUAAGGAUGCCUGCAGCUGGUUCGAAGGGUGCACCUAAAAAUCCAGGAGAAUUAAAAGAUGAUACAAACUCAUCACGCGAAGAAAAACAGAUAUUGAUGCGUGCUCUUUCAAGUCCACCCUUUGCAAAUUAUCGUGUUUGGUGGUCUCUUGCAGAUUCAAAGUAUGCUGGAACUGCAUUAAUUGUAAAGAAGUGUUUCCAACCAAAAAAGAUCUUUUUCAAUCUUGACAGAAUAGCUUCAAAGCAUGAACCAGAUGGCCGAGUCAUUUUAGCUGAAUUUGAUACAUUUAGAUUAUUGAAUACAUAUGCACCAAACAAUGGUUGGAAAGAGGAGGAAAAUUCAUUUCCAAGGAGAAGGAAAUGGGAUAAAAGGAUAUUGGAGUUUGUCCUUCAAUCUUCAGAUAAGCCUCUCAUAUGGUGUGGUGAUCUGAAUGUUAGCCAUGAAGAGAUCGAUGUGAGUCAUCCAGAAUUUUACAGUGCAGCAAAGCAGAAUGGUUACGUUCCUCCAAAUAAAGAGGACUGUGGGCAGCCUGGAUUUACAUUAGCUGAAAGGAGGCGAUUUGGUACUAUACUGAAAGAGGGAAAGCUAAUAGAUGCAUACAGAUUCCUACACAAGGAGAAGGACAUGGAGCGUGGUUUCUCAUGGUCUGGAAAUCCCAUUGGGAAGUAUCGAGGAAAAAGAAUGAGAAUAGACUAUUUCAUAGUUUCUGAGCAACUGAAAGAUAGAAUUACUGCAUGUGAGAUGCAUGGGCAAGGGAUUGAAUUAGAAGGCUUUUAUGGAAGUGAUCAUUGCCCAGUUACGCUUGAGCUCUCACAAGCGUGCCCCAAUUCCAAGCAAGACGAAGUUUCCAUGUAAUAGUUAAUAUGUGCUCUUUUUAAAGAUUAUUAAAACUUAAAACUGAGUACCGUUAUGGGAGUUUUUCCUGAUGCUUUUUUAAUAUUUAUUGUAAGUUUCCAUUGUAGAUUGCACAUGAUAACAAUGAUAAUCUAUUGAAAUGAGCACUUUUAUCGGGCUAA